AUAACACCAUUUUUUCCCGAAAAUUGAAAGAGACAGGCACCCAUAAUAUUUCUCUCUGUUUUUGGCGCUUCAUCUAGAAUAUCCUAGCAGCAUGUUUCUAAUUUAUACACAAAAUGACAAAUCUUUAUAAAUAGCUAUAUGUUUACAUCCAUUUCCUAGUGCAAAUAAGCUACCAAUAACAACUUAGUACAAAGUUCAAGAUGAGGAUACUAGGUUGGAUGCAAAACAGAAUCAGGAGAAACAACAAUGAUCAGAACAUACAUGAUUCAGCAAGGAGAUCCUAUUAUUUUUACUCAGCACCAUGGGAGCCCAACGAGCUUCAGCAUUCUUUAGAUGCUAAUACUAAUUCUGCAGAUUUCAAGCAGCCAGCACAUGGAGUAAAUGAAGAUGAAAAGGUUGACAUGAGCACCGAUUUUUUUCACCAAUUUCUUGCAAUUGGGACCCUUGGUUCUGUAUUAACUACUAAAGAGCCUGUUACACCAAAAACUGUAAUGCAUCCUGAAAUUGCAACUGAGAAAGACAACGGCACGCCAGAUAAUGAAUUGCUGUAUCAGAACAAGUCAGAGAGUCUAGGUGAAAAGGAUACCAAAGAUAACAGUCAUACAGUGGUGUGUCCACUGAAAGAACAUUCUGGAAUAAUGGUGACCAAAGAAGAGGAAAAGAAACAGAAGAGUACACCUGGUGACAACCUUGUCAAGAGAUACGUCACAUGCUACAAAAGAUCAGGAAAACUAGACAAAGGAGUAGAAAGAGAAACUCACCCCUCACACUUCAUGAAGAAAAUGCUGAAAAAACUUGAUUUCACAUCAUGCCACAGCCCUUGUCCUGCUGGUGAUGAUGCUAUUGUUAGUGAGUCAACCAAGAAGAAACCCAUCAAGGUGUUUCAGAUGUCAAGAAAAAUCCACCCCCAAGCAGCUGAUCAUCAUGUCACUGAGUCACACAACUAUGAGGUCAAGAAGAUACCUCAUGAUGAAUGCUAUGAAAAUAAAGAAACAUUAGAAGAUGUAGACAACAUGGAUCCUCAAGCUGGAAUGUUAAAGAAAGAAACAGCUGCCAGCAGAAUAUCUGCCGACAGGCCGAUCAACAGCCCGCCAGAUGCAAAAAUAGGGCACUGGAUUAAAAAUGAUGCAAAUUAUUUUGUGCUGGAAUUUGAGAAGUUUGAAGAUAAUGAUGGCGUUAAAUCCUUCUAAAGUUGUAUCAUCCAUGUAAGAAAAGGAGUUCAAUUGUGUGCCGUAAUGCAGGAUUGGUAACCAAACCAAGUAUUGUAAAGCAAGUAAUAGUCGUAAAGUAAAGAUGGUGAAAUAAAAAACCUCUCCUAUCAGCUUCAUACUUAAUGAGUAGUAUAUGAAUAUAGAUA